GUUUGUGUGAGAGAAAGAGAGAAAGAGAAAAGAUGGAUGAGACGGAGGAGCGAUGGGCUGAUCUUCCGAAGGAACUGCUUGAAACACUAUUCACAAGUUUCGUCGGCAUCGACAAUCUCCGAGUGCGUGCAGUCUGCACUUCAUGGCGAUCUUCCAUUCCUCCAUCUCAGAAACAGAAUUUUCAGUCUUAUAUCUUGCCUUUUCCAGUCAAUCUCGCAGAUAACGGGCCAACUAUAACGGGGGCGUCUUACUUCGAGCUCACUGAAAGCACCGUCUUCUGCCUCGAACCAUCCGAUGAAAACCUAGAUUCUUCAUCAUCUGCGAGAAACCACUGGUUGGUUAAAGUUGAAGAAUCCAGCAAAGGGACUUUGAAAAUCCUGAAUCCCUUAUCUGAGCGACGAGUUCAUCGAAAAAGAUCUCCUAAGGUAAUUAAUCUACUUGAAAUUCGUACUACCCAAGUAUGCAAAGCCUAUAAUCUCCAACUCGUCAAUCCUUCAAUACGUUUUUGUCCGUAUUUCAUUCAAAAUUAUGCUAAGAAAGUGGUGGUUUUGCCUUCGCCUUGUUCUUCAUCAUUGGGUGAAGCGGUGGCAAUUGAUAUUUAUGGCCAAUUGUGGCAUGCGAAAUCAGGUGACAAAACCUGGACUCAAUUAUCCAAAGGGAAUUCCAGUUUUGUCGACCUUCUCAACCAUAUGGAUGGUUUCUAUGUUACUGAAAAGAAGGGGAAGACUGUUAUGUAUGAUUCCACAUUCAAAGAAGCAAUGGUUUCAUCUUCAAUUGAGAGUGACGGUUGUAGGAAACACUUGGUGAAUUCAUCGGAGACGGGAGAGUUAUUCUUGAUUGAUAUUAUCCUCGAUAUAGAUAGGAGAAGGAAUAUAAGGAGCCAAACCGGUGGAUAUAAUGGUCCUCAUGAGCCUGCACAGAGUCCCUAUUACCAUACUGCAAUCGAGAUAAAGAUUUACAAGUUGAAUGAGGAGAAACAUGAAUGGGAAGAGGUGAAAAACUUGGAUGAUCGGGUAGUUUUUGCUGGUGAGGAUUGUUCAUAUAUGAUCUCAAAUGUGAAAGUUUCAGGGUUCAAGGACAACUGUGUAUACUUUACAGACAGACAUUAUUUCAAGGAUGUUGGGUCUGAUGAUGAAUUGGUUGAAGUUCUAUUGGGUCAUAACAUUGGAGUUUUCGACUUGGAAAGUGGAAAACUCGGACCAUUGUCAUUGUUUCGCGAAUACGCUCCUCUAUUUUGGCCUCCUCCAGGCUGGCUAAGGAGGAGUGUCUAAUGAAAAAAGGUAUGAUUGAAUGAAUAUACUAUGAAUUGUUUCUUUCUGUAAUAAAGACAUGAUGAUUUACAUAGUACUGUUACAGUAUGAUGAAGGUUUGUUGAUUGUUUAUUCUAA